AUGGAAUUAGCUACUUCAUUUAAUAUAUGCUAUUUUCUUAAUAAACAGUGCAAAAUAACCUCACCUUCCCUGUCUACUCAUGCGGAAACAAGAUGGCGGAUACGAUUCAAUUAGGUUUAAUUUAACACGGAAUUAAUUGAAUACUUCGGAGAUAACAAUGCCAUUAUCAAAGCCCAAUCUGUGAUAUUCCCCAUCCCCCACGGUCAUGAAGCGGACACCAAGGGCAGGGCAGUCCAACCUGCCAGUACCCAAGACCAGCAAGGGUUCCCCUGGAAAUGCCAAGUCCACCCUCAGUAAAGGCGGCCCAACACGCUCUGCCGAGGAUAUCCCACGCCGUGUACAGCUCAGCUUGGGGCCAGGUGGGGCCAGUCCCGGACCUGUCAGCCCACAACGCAGGGCAAUCUCCCCUGGCACACCACAGAGACGCAGUCUACUGCCUUCACCUGUUCCUGGGCAGAAUGGUCCGGCAGGUGGAGGAGUGCGGUACAUCACUGAAGACCUGAUCCGCAAAGUGUGCAAGGAAGAUGGCCUUGACACAAUUACCACCCUCAACCUAACCCUUACCAAGGCUGAGGCAGGAAAGAAAAUCAAGUACAUAGAGAACCUGGAGCGGUUGAAGCGUCUGCAGGUGCUGAUACUGAGCAACAACAUCAUAGAGAAGAUAGAGAAGCUUGACAAGCUGCUGAAGUUGAAGGAGCUGGACCUCUCGUUCAACUGCAUCGUGAAAAUUGAGGGCCUUGAGAACCUGACCACCCUGCAGAUACUCAACCUCACCGGCAACCUCAUAGAGCACAUUCCCAUCUGGAUGGGCAAGAGACUCAAGUCUCUCAGGGCCUUCUACAUCGGCAAGAACAGGCUCGAGUCUCUAAGUGAGCUGGCCAAGUUGAAGCCCCUGCCAGACCUGACCCAGAUGGGAGUGGCUGAGAACCCCCUGGCAGAGUUCAACCACUGCCGGCCCUACCUCGUCUUCCACCUGAGGACCCUGGAGGUCAUUGAUGGGCAGAAUGUCACUGACAGGGAACGCAUCGCUGCCAAGGACCGCUUUGAGCAAGAGGAGUUGGAGCGGCUGGAGAAGCAGCUGGAGAGUGAGGAGGCCAAGUACCGGCGGCUGGAGGAGGACCACAACCGGUCCAAGCAGGAGCGCAGUCACAUGAGUGCCACUGAGGACGACCUCAAGAAGCGCGAGAGACUCCAGGGCUCCCGUAUAGAGGAGCUGGAGAGGGAGCUGGAGACCAAGAAUGAUCUGUUGAAGAAGAAGACAUCUGAGCUGAACAAGGCAUGUGAGAAGCACUAUCAGUUGGAGCAAGAGUUGGCCUUCCAUAAGAUAGACAGCAAGUUUGACAGCCUAGGAAGAGGGCCUGAACACUCACUGGAUGAGACUGGAGAUGACAGCGGGCUGCUAGGUGAGAGCCCGUACAUUGGUAGAGCCCGCUACAAGGCAAACCGAGUGGCCGGUGAGACUGAGAUCCUCGGGGCCGCACCCAGCCAGGCCCAGCUGCACUCCCUGCCAGGACCUGUGAGGGCAGAGGUCAAGAUGGAGAUGAAUCAAAAACUGGACCAUGAGAUUGCUGUCAAGCAGGACAAGGUGGCAAAAGCCAACUCUGGUGUCCGAGAAGAGAAAAGCAGCACAGUGAAAAUGGCGGAGGACCGUCUCAAGCGUCUGACUGAUGAGCUGGCCAUGACAGAGAACAAGCUGAAGCAGGCGACCAAGGAUCUCAAGGGUAUAGGGGACAACGCCAUGUCUGAGAAGGAGGAGCAGAAACAGGCCAUCAGGCAGAAAAUGGCUCGCAAAAUGAGGACGGUUAAUGAGAUGAAGGACAGUGCAACCCAGAUAGAGGAGGAGAUAGAGAAGACGAAGACCUCCCUGCAUAGACACAAGAUGGACAUGACACGACUCAAGGACCAGAUCAGCCGCAUGGACAACAACGACCCAAACUAUAGGCGGAUGUACGCGGAGAUGGUUGACAAGGAGCAGCAGAUCAACGAGUCCAACCAGAUGUACACCCAGCUGCAGGACCAGCUGGAGCUCAUGCUGGACACUAUUGCCAAGGAAACCAAUGACAUCAAGUCCCUGGAGCAGAAACUCAACGAGGACACCCUGGAGACCAAUGAGUCACUGCGCGAGGAGCUGGACGACAUUGUGGGCGGUCUGCAGACGUACCUGGCCCAGGUGCAGACCAAGGCAGCUAAGAAGGAGCGCGAGUUUGACACGCUGCUGCAACAGAACGAGGGACUGCAGAGCCAGGUCCGCAAACUGGAGUCUGAGCUCGGCCUCGUCGACCAGGAGGCGGCCAGCCUGCGGGAGCUUGAACGGCGUUACACGGAGCUGGAGAAGUCGCUGCACCAGUCUGAGGACGCGAGGCGUGAGUUGGAGGACACGGUUCAGCGCAGCAGACGCCAGGACAUGAACACCCAGGAUACACUAGAGAACCAGCAACUGGAGAAUGCCUCACUCAAGAAAGCUUUGAAGGAACUUGAACAAAAGGCCAAGACUGACAAGCAGAAUCUGGAGAAGCAGCUGCAGGCUGAGAAAGCAAAGGCCAUCGAGGGGGACAGAAAGUCAAAGGAGGCACAGAAGAAAGACGAGGAGGUCCGCAAGCUCAUGUCUCAGCUGGAAACACUCAAGGCCCAGAACGUAGCGCUGAAGGAUCGAGUGGAGCAGGACACUCAGACGUUUCAGUCCAAGAUCUUGGAGAGUGUACCAAACAAUGAGCUGAGAAGACGCCUGAAGGACCUUGCUCAAAGCUUCAAGCAAGAUAAGAUUACCAUUGAGCCUGAAAAUGAUAAGGACGUCCUUGGGAAGACCUUCAAAGAGCUGCAGGGCUUUGUACAUGACAGGAUGAACAAGAGUACCCAGGAUGCUGACCAGACUAGGUCCAGACUGGACAAGUCAGACAUGGAGAACCAGUCACUGAGGGAGCAGCUCAAACGUAUGGAACAAAAACUGAACAAGCGAGAGGAGAAAGUGAAAAAUGAGAAGACAAAGUUUCGAGACGAGGCGAAGGCCAACCAGGAGGAAAUCAAGAGGCUCAAUGAUGAGAACAACCGGCUGAAGAACGCUCUCAAAGAGGCCAAGAAACGGACCAAGGGCACGAAGAUCGUGCAUGAGGAGGAUGGCGAGUCUGUGUUCUCCCGCCGCAGCUCCCUCAACUCGGAGGAGAAGCACCUGUUUGAUGAGCUGCAGAACGAACUCAUGUCCCUGAAACGUGCCAUGAGGUCCAAGGAAGAUGACGCUAACAAACGGAUGAAUACUCACAUAAAAGACUUGAAAGCUCUUGGGCUGUUGGAUGCUGAGACAGAGGCUGCCAUGUUGGAGCAGAACCUUCAGGACAAGGAAGAGAGCUACCAGAGAGAGAUUGAGAGGUUGAAGGAGCACAUGGAGAUGCAGAGGGAGCGCCAGGAGGCGAGGAUGCAGGUGAUAGCAGCCGACCUUGACCAGGCCCAGCAGGUGGCUGACUUCCUGCAGCGAACACUGGACGAUCGGGAACACCAGCUUCACUCGGAGGUCCAGCAGUCAGACAUGAACAACCAGAUGAUCACAACACAAGAGGAUGAGCUGGCCAAGCUGUAUGACAUCCUGGAGGCCCAGAGGGAGGAGAUCGGUCGCCUCAACACCAUGCUGGACACCAUCUCUGGGCAGGGGGGCAGUCUAGGCACAGCGGCUGCAGACGAGGAGCUGUGGAGACUUAGACAAGAAGUGAACAACCUGAAGGAGACGCUGGCAAUGCAGUCUGCAUACGUGCAGACCAUGCCUCCACCAUCACGGCCUGCUGGUGUGCAGGCCAGCACGGGCACCGGCACUCAGUACUACCUCACUGAUCAUGGGACUGCAGCCGGCCCAACGUAUCGUCCUCUCCUGUCCCAGUAUCGAGACCAGCAGAUGUCCCUGGUCCCCCCAGCACCGGGCAUGAACACCAUGGGUACAAGCUAUGCCCCACCUGGGUUUGCGCGCCCUCGGAGCAUGGGUGUGGGGUCAGCAGUUGGACCCGUUGGGGGCCAGGCGGGCUCGCCAAACCUGGGCCCUGCAGCUAGUGGAGCUGACCAACGGGAGGUAUUGACACCACCGGGUGGUCAACCAGCUGGGAGGUCACGACCCAGUCCGUCUCCUCUCAAACGCCACGCUGACAGGGGUGCAGACGCCGAGUGUGACAACCACUCUGAUAGGACACGCAGCAGUCGGCAUAGAGACCGUGGCCGUCAGAAGGAGCGCCGCAGUGGCAGGCAGGAGCAGAAGAAGGAGCGACGGGCAAGGUCUGCAGACUCGGAGCACACUGGCGAAAUGGAGCCCAUACACAGGCCCUCCGCCCUCAGACCACAGAUGGCCAGCGGACCCAUCAAUAUGUAUUCCACCCCUGAGGGGCCAGUGUACCCUGUUGGAGGGUACCCACUGGAAGGGCAGGCCUAUGGACUUGGAACAGGACAGAUGGGGGCAGGACAACUACAAGCUGCAGGUCUGCCACCACAGUUUGCUCCUCUAGGUGGCACAUACACCACUGGGUACAUGGCCUCUCCCCAGGUAUCACCAAUCAGGGGCUAUGCUGGGAACCAAACAACUGUGAUGCAGCCAGCAGGGGCCCCACAGUCAAGCAUUCUCAAGCAUCCUGGUAUUCAGCAAACUAGUGGACCCCCUGGAACCAGGCCUCAAGGAUACAUAAUACCACCCGGGUACACUAUACCUCCCCCACCUCAGGGUGUUUCCAUGGGAACCAGUGUAUCUGGAUAUGGCCAGUCAUCAGGAUAUGCAACAGGGGCCACCCAGACUCCUGGCUAUGGCUCCACUCAGACUCCUGGGCAGGCAGCGUCAGGUAUGGCACCAGGCUUUGCACCCUUGCCAACGCAUCCCCAUGGCCCAUCUGUUGCUCUGGGUAACACCCCUGGUGUGCAGCCUGGAGGAGGAUCAGCUUUCACUGCCCCAGCACAGGCAGUGGCAUACAACUCUGGACGGGUUUUUCUGCCAGCGUACCCAACCUCUCCAUCUAGGCCAGCAGGUCGUGUCUACUACAGCAAGGGCAGUGGUGGUGGUGGUGGAGGUGGUGGUGGAGGGGGCCCUCCCUAUGGCCCAGGAACAGGCUACGAGGGGUGGGGCAGGGAGCGCUCCCCAGACCAGAGUGUUCGCUUCCUGCCCAUGGAGCCCCUUGCACAGGGCACACCCAUAGCAGGGCACAGCAUGCCUAGGACAGGGGCAGGAGCUGCACUCAUACCCAGCCCCAUCAGGCCUGUAGCGCGAGAUCAGUCUCCACGCAGGAUGGCACAGACUGGGACUGCAGGAGGGGACGAUACCUACCUGUUCUGCAAUGUUCCUGAACACCAUGACUUGGAGGACUACAUUGCAGAACUGCAGGAAAAACUAAAGAAGUUAAAAGCCAGGAUAGCCAAUGAAAAGACAGUGCACAUUUUAGAAGCAUUGGACCUUCAGGAGGCGGUACAGGACAACAAUGACUAUAACCUCAUACGGCGCCUACAGGGAGAACUAGCGGAGCGAAGAGAUGAGCUGGAGGGCCUAGACCUGGCCAUUGAGCGGCAGCAGAAGAACCUAAAAAACUUGAAGUCAGAGGAGAGACGGCUGCAGUUUGAACGACAGUCUGCCAAGGAAGAGUUAGAGUUCACAAGGGACCAGAAUGCAAAGAAGAAAAGGAAAACGCGGGUGUACCCAGAGGAAGAGGACAGUUUUGAUGAGCGCAUGGAGAACUCUCGCAAAAAGAUGUUGAAGGAUGAGAUCAAGUGCCUGGAGCAGACCUUGGCCAAGAGAAAGGCACAACUGAGGGAGGCUGACAGGCUUCUCAAGGAGUGCAACACCGACCUCAAGUGUGCCAGGGAGGAGGCAAUAGAGACAGUGCGAGAGUAUGACAAGGCUACCGUGGGGUUGGAGAGCACUGUGAAGGAGACCUCAGAGCUGGAGAAGCGGGCCAAUCUGGCAGGCGUAGAGCUCAUCAAGGCCUCGGAGAAACUCAACGCCAUCCGCCGCGAGAUCAAGGACAGCGAGGGCAAGCGGGGCAAGCAGGAGCGCCUUCUCAGGGACGUCACUCAGUUAAUAUCAAAACGAGAUGCUGAAUUCAAAGAUCUUGAUGGCCGUUCAAAAGCCACCCAACAAAAUUUGUCGCGCCUGCAGACGGAACUUGCAGCAGCGUCUGUCAAGGAGCGUGAGACAGUGCAAGCACUGCGGGACUCAGAGGACAUUCUAGCAAAACGCAGAAAUGAGAUUGCGCGCAUGAGAGACCAGAUUGACCUGCAAAAAGCUGAGUUGGAGAAGGUUGACCACGCGAUGGGCAAGAAGCGGACAGAGUUGCAGUUCCUGACCGAGAGUCUGGAGAGGAAGCAAGGGGAGAUCAACCAGCUGAUCAGGGACACCGAGGCUGAACUCUCCGCCAACAAGAGGGACAUCAAGGAGCAGCGUGACAUGCUGCGUAACAUGGAGGUACAGAAGUCGGACCUGGCUGCCCAGAUCAAGUCCCACAGACAGGAGCUUCAGAAACUCAAGGACGAAAUGGGCACCAGCGAGGAAAUCAUGCAGAAACUGGUGAACUCAGUGAGCAAGCACAAGUCUGAUCUGAAGCACACGUUUGAGAUGCAGCGUCUGGAGCAGACAGAGCUGGACAACCUCAAGUCCCAGCAUGCACAGCGCCUAGCAGAGCUGGAGAGGACUCAGAGGGAGCUCAUUGAGGAGAAGAAUGCCCUCGAGCAGCUGAACUCUGAUGUGAACAAGAAGACAGUGGAGAUGGAGAGGCUGCGAAGCUGCAUAGAGCGGGACAGAGAGGACGUGGAGCGGCUGGCCAUGGAGAAACAGUCGUAUGAGGACCGCAUAGCCACCAUGAGCAGAGAGAAAGAGAUGCUUGAUGAGUCACUGAAGACACUCGAUGCCAAGGUCACACACAUGAGAAGGAGUCAGAGUACAAUGGAAGAGAAGAUUGACAGCACAUCUCGUCGCCUGGAUACGCUGGAACAGGAGCUGGUGAGGCGGGGGGGAACGGGAGAUGGACGAACUGAACAGGGAAAAACUGCUAUAGCCAAGGAUGUGGGAAAUGUGAAGAACGCUAUUAUUGAUGGCAAAACAGAGCUGAAGGGUCUGAAAGAGCAACUAAAGGAUGGAGAAAAGACCAUGGCUCACCUAGAACAGCAACUGCGUGACACAAGUCUGCAGCGUGAUGAGGCCAAGCUGGAGAUAGAGCGGCUCAUGAGGGGCAUCCGUCAGUCCCGUAUCACCCAUGAUGACUGUCUCCGGCAGCAACGGCAGCGGGAGGAGGAGUUGCAGGACCUGAUACGGACCAUGGACGAGCGAGAGAUUGAGUACCAGGAGACCAGGAAGUCCUUAAACAAAGUCAGGAAAGAGGUUGAAAAAGAGGAGUCCAAAUUACAGAAGCUCGUAACAACAGCCAAUUUUGAGUUGGACAAUAUAAGAACGGAUCUGAACACAAAACAAACAGAACUUAGCCACGCCACAGCGGAUAUAAUGAACUUGAAGAAAGAGGCUGAGAAAAUGGAGCUAGAUGAAAAGAAACUGACUGAAUGUGAAAACAAGAUCAGAGAACUGAAGCAGGAAAUACAGGACCGCAAUGAGGAGAAGAAUGAGCUGGCUAAGGCCCUCACAAGGUCCUAUGAGGAGCUGCAGAAACUGAGGACUGAAUCAGCACAGGAACAAGAGAGGCUGACCAUGGAGAGGAUGACCCUCCAGAAUACAUUGAGGGACAUGCAGGAUCAGAUGGAGCAUGCAAGAAAGGAGAUGCAGCAAAUGCAGAAGCGGUCCAGUUCACAGGCAGUAGAGUUACAGACGCUAGCAGAGGAGCAGUUUAACCGGGCCAACAAGCUGUCUGAUGAGCUGCUCCGGUUGAAGAGUAGAAAGAGUUUCAACCAGUUGGACGCUACUUUGUCUGAUGUGACCAAUCAGAGUGCAGAAAAUGAGUCACAUGACAAUGUCAACCAAUCAAUUAUUGAGACUACAGACCGGUUCUCAGAGGACAAGGAGAACAUGCGAUCUGACCGGUCAGACCCGGUCGAGGAGGUGAGGAAGUCAGACAUCGCACUCAGAGACAAGCUCUCUAAGGAGCAGGAGACACUCAGGCUACAACUCCAGCAGCAGAUGCAGAGGCAUGCAGACGCGAUGGAGCAGGCAAGACUCCAGUCAGAGGGCACCAUUGAGAGUCUGAGAAAGAAGCUCAACACUCUGCAGGAUGUGCUUGUCACGACAGCAGAUAUCACAAGUCCCACCCUACGUCGGGCACGCUCCAGGUCUGCAGGUCUCGUACCUUCCCCGGAUCGUCAGAGGUCGCCCAGCCCUAUCUAUCCUCCUCGCCAUAGUUACCUCUCACAGAGGCCAAGGUCAAGGUCACGUUCAGCUGACAGGAUCACAAGGAGUCUUUACCCAGAACGGGACUUUCUGACAGCGUGAUGAUGUCGAUGAAUGAAGUGCCAGAUUAUAUGCCGUCCAGUUUAUUGUUUGCCGUCCAGUAGAUUGUUGCAGCAUGAUGAAGUGCCAAUAACUUCAAGCAUUUAUUAUUCGUGUUCCUGUUAAUCUUUUAAAGUUUACAUUUUAAUCGUGUCAAAUGGUGAAAUAAUAUUGUUUCUUCACAUUUAAAAGAAAGUUAUAUUUUGUUACUAUGUUGAGUUUGUACAUUGUCACAUGUGCCUGUCAAAAUAAACGGAACACAUUCUGUAUGUGAAGCAUUGGAAAUAUGAGGUGUUUUAUGUUAAGAAAACUGCCAUGCAAACUGUUUAAGUAUUGAGUUUGAGUUUUACUUAUUCUGGGUAAUAUACACUAUUCUUUAUCAUAUAUUCACACUGAUAUUUGUUUUAUCUGAUUUAUUUUUCAUAACAGGUCAAUAGGCAUUUGUAUGAGUCAAUGUUUAGAGGAACAUCAUAUUUUUCAGGACCAACUGUAAAAUCAUCAUUUUUGGUAAAAGAGAAUCAACAUAACAAACACUUUGAUACCAAGAUGAUAUUUUGGACAAAAAAGGCAAAAAAAAAUAUUCACAAAUAAUAAAUACAAGUCUCAUGACGUCAUGAUUAACAUGUAAAUCGUUGCAAAACAUAAAUUCCCACUAAAUAUGCAGCAUCAUAUCGAUGAUACUUUAUUAAUUGUUAAAGCCUGGUUGUGUGGAGUUCUGAUAAACAGGUUACUGCCGUAUAUUUUGUACUAAGGCAUUUUCGCCUCUUGUCCAAAAAUAAAAUAUUAACGUCACCUGAUGUAUUAAAAAACUAUAGAACAGUAACCAGUUAUUUUCUAUUUAUGAACAUUGCUUUUACUCUUCACAAAGAGAGUUUGUGUAAAUCAAUGUGUGCUGUGUUCACAAAUACCAAAAGGUCGUUUUAAUGUUUAUUUCUUUUUAUUAGAUAGUUAUGGGCUCAAUAUUUUAAUCCUAAUGUUAGACCAUACCAUUGCCUGCACUUUAAUACAGCAUAUAGAUGGUAGAUUGAUUGAAUAUUAUUGUUGAACCUGUCUGUGAUAUUUAUUCAUUUAUAUUUAUGUUGCCAUUUAUGCUUUUUACUAUGCUUUUAAUUGAAGUUGGUGAAGCAUUACACUUGAAUUGUAAUCGCCCUAUUUCCAUUCUUGCUUUUUUACCAGGAGGCUUAUUUCCGUGCAUUGCACAUACAACUGCACAUAUAAUUGCAUUGAAACUAUGAUUGCGUGAUUGUUUUUUUUUUUAAAUAACGCCAUUUGUUUUAGUAAAAUAUAUAAAUAAAUUAAGCACUGAACGAUAUAUACUCCCAAAACAGAGCAGGAUUUAAGCUAUUCAAGUAAUUCUUUAGAAGGUGUGUAAGUGAGUAUGGUAUAAACUAUUGUUGUCAAGUGCACAUGAAAAUGACAAUUUAAAUUGUUUACAAGUUUUUUUUUAGUCAGCCUUUAUUGUGACAUGUAGCUCUGCUUUUUAUGGUUAGAUAAAUAUUUAUUCUUUGUUUAAAUUAUGUGGAGUCAUUUUGUGCUGCAUUUACCCCUAGUAUUAUGUGUUUUUGUGUAAUGUAAUCUGUAUUUAUUCUUAUUUGUUAUACACACUGCUGUAUAACAAGUCAUGAGACUUAAAGGUUGCUAUAUGCUCCAGUAUAGAAUAUGUGUGAGUUACAUAAAGCACUACAUCACACAAACCGUAAUAUAUCAACUCAUGACUUAUGCCAGUUAGAUUGAUAAUAAUUGCAUUUUUUAAACAUAAAGCUCUGAUGUAGUAAUGUACUAAAUGCAAGCAGAUAUGUUCAAAAUCCACCUCCGAUGUAGUAUGUUUUUAAUUAUAUAUAUAAAUUUAUUAAAUACAUGUAUACGGUGAUGCAGUAUAAAUGUACAUGUAAGCAGAUAUGCCGAUAGUCAAUUAGGUUUUAACGUGUAUUUCUAGAAGUGUAAUUCACUGUGAUACUAUCUGUUAAAUGUUAUAUGUGUGUAUUUAAAUUAUAAAAAUAUUAAAUAAAUAUUUAUAUACA